CCUGGCAGGGCCGCCAUUUUUGCAAAGGGAAAAGAGACUGGUUUGAGGGGAUCUAAUUUCUACAAGUCGCCGAUGACUAGGGCACAGUUUUAACGGUUUCGAAUUGAUUUAUAGUGAAAUUUGGGUCACGUCGUAGAACAAAAAGCAAAUAUUUUUUCACAGGAAAGGACUCUUUAGAGGACACGUUUAAAUACCAACAUUGUAAAGCUUUGCUAGGGAUCCGCAGUGUGUGGACAGAAGUAUUGUUUUGGUUGUGGAAGCUCUGUGGAAAGCGACGGGGGUCUAACCCAGGUCCCCUUAUUUGCUAUUCAGAUCAUCCAGAGUGGACAUAAAACGGCCUUGUGGAUGCACUUAGAUGUCUGCAAUGACUGCUGUGGCUGGCAUGCCUCAGUGUUUUGGACUCCCAUUCUCUGGACUCAGUAGGACAAGAACUGAUCAGCAGAGAACGUCAUGAGCAUAGUCAUCCCAGUAGGGGUGGACACAGCAGACACCUCAUAUCUGGACAUGGCUGCGGGCUCAGACAGACCAGAAUCGGUGGAGGCCAGCCCUGUGGUGGUGGAAAAGUCCAGCUACCCACACCAGAUCUACAGCAGCAGUUCUCACCAUUCCCACAGUUACAUUGGCCUGCCUUACGCUGACCAUAACUAUGGGGCGCGGCCCCCACCCACUCCACCGGCCUCCCCGCCCCCCUCCAUGUUGAUCCGACAAGGAGAGGGGGGGUUGUUUGUUCCAGGGGGCCAGGACGAAGCAUCCAGGGGUACCACGCUCAGCACCUCGGAGGAUGGCAGCUACGGGGCUGACAUCACCCGCUGCAUCUGUGGCUUCACCCACGAUGACGGCUACAUGAUCUGCUGUGACAAGUGCAGUGCCUGGCAGCAUAUAGACUGCAUGGGCAUCGACAGGCAGAACAUUCCUGAGACCUACCUGUGUGAACGCUGCCAACCACGACACCUAGAUAGAGAACGGGCCAUCCUGCUGCAGACCAGGAAACGAGAAUGUUUGUCUGAUGGGGACACCAGUGCUACAGAGAGUGGAGAUGAGGUGCCGCUAGAGCUCUACUCCACCUUUCAACACACGCCUACCACCAUCACCCUCACUACUGGGCGCCUUGGCAAUAAGCAGACUGACAAAAAACGCAAAAAGAGUGGUGAUAAAGAGCCUCCAGCCUCCUCUGCCCGAGCUAAGAAGGCCUUCCGUGAGGGAUCCAGAAAAUCUUCCAGAGUUAAGGGUGCAGCCCCAGAGCAGGAGCCAACAGAUCACUUGUCUCUGUGGGAGAACAAGAUCAAGACGUGGAUGGAGCGCUAUGAGGAGGCCAGCAGCAAUCAGUACAGUGAGGACGUCCAGGUCCUGUUGCGUGUUAAAGAGCAAGGCGAUGGCAAGAGCCUGGCAUACAACACGCACCCCGCUUCUUUCAAACCGCCUGUGGAGAGUCAAGUUCAGAAGAACAAGAAGAUCCUCAAGGCAGUGCGAGACUUGGCCCCAGACUCCCUCAUCAUUGAGUACAGGGGAAAGUUCAUGCUUCGACAGCAGUUUGAAGCCAAUGGGUACUUCUUCAAGAGGCCAUACCCAUUUGUGUUAUUUUAUUCUAAAUUCGACGGACUGGAGAUGUGUGUGGACGCUCGCAGCUUUGGCAACGAGGCCCGCUUCAUCCGCCGCUCCUGCACCCCUAAUUCUGAAGUGCGGCACGUCAUUGAGGAUGGCAUGCUGCAUUUAUACAUCUACUCAUUGAGGCCAAUCACCAAAGGCACAGAGAUCACCAUUGGUUUUGAUUAUGACUAUGGCAGCUGUAAAUACAAGGUGGACUGUGCCUGUGUGAAGGGGAACCAGGAGUGCCCGGUGCUCAAGCACAACCUAGAACCCACAGAGAACCUGGGCUCUGGGGGCCGGCGACGAGGGAGCCGCAAGGACAAGGAGACGGUCCGGGAGGACCAGGGCCAGAACCAGAACAUGGGAUUGGACGGCGAGGGGAAGAGCAAGAGCGUAGGCGACGGCAAACAGAGGAAACUUUCUCCUCUCCGCCUCUCCAUCUCAAAUAACCAGGAUCCUGAGUUAUAUGAGGAUCUAGAAGACAAAACCUCCAUUAGCAAUGAAGUAGAGAUGGAGUCAGAGGAGCAGAUUGCAGAGAGGAGGAGGAAGAUGGCCAACCCAGCGGAGCAGUCCCAUCUCCCUGUCGGGGCGGCUUCCAGCUGGAAGGGACUGAUACACAAGGAGGUAAACUCUCAUAGCCAACCCUACUCCACCCAUCUACCAGCCUCCCCAUCCCCAAAUCUCCCAGAGACAAGAGAAGAGAGGAAGAUGGAGGCCAUCCUGCAGGCCUUUGCCCGAAUGGAGAAGAGGGAGAAACGUAGAGAGCAGGCACUGGAAAGAAUCGGUAGCGUCAAGACAGAGGUUGGGGGCCGCAGUGACAUAAAGGACGAGCAUCCAGCCACACCAGAGAUGGUUGAUUCUCCAGUUGUCAUGCAGCCACUUCUGGAGGUGAAAGAGGAGCCGGGAUUAAAGCCGGCCAAGGUCAAAAGCUCGAGGAACAGGAAAAGUUUCUCAAGGAACCGCACGCAUAUCGGCCAACAGCGCCGGCGAGCUCGCACCAUCAGCACCUGUUCUGACUUGGCCCCUGGCUCUCCGACUGAGUCUUUGGAGCCUCUGACCAAUGAAGCCGCUGAAGGAGAGACGCCCACUGCACCAGAGCCGGAGUCCAUCCCUGCCGAGGCACCAGACAGCAGCCCUCCACACAGCAGCUCACCUGCACCUGACAGAAACCGCAAUGGGAGCAAGAACUUCAAAACUAAAAAGAUCUUCUUACACUCUUUUCAACAGCACUUUGUGAGUGAGUGGGUGGGAGAGAAGCAGCAGGACAGUGGUGCAGUGCGAACCCCAGAGCCGGCGCCAGAGCGACCGCUGAGAAUAAGCAGUGACCCUGAAGUACUUGCCACACAGCUAAACGCCCUACCAGGCAUGGCCUGCUCUCCACAAGUCUACAGCACGCCCAAACACUACGUCCGCUUCUCGUCCCCAUUCCUGGCAAACCGCAGCCCUUCUACUCCUGGAGUCCCCACUGGGAGAAGGCGUUCCAGAGAACUGCCAGAAACACCGCCAACUACUGGCUCCUGCAAGAAGCGAUGGUUGAAGCAGGCUCUAGAGGAGGAGGGCUCCACCAGCCCAGCCAGACGACCGAGCCUCCUCAUGCCCACUGAGGGUCCUCUCAGCCCGCUCGUUAAUGGAGACUCUGACAGCCCUCUACCCUACAAUGGUACCUGCUCACUACCAGAGUUGCCCACACCUCUGAAAAAGCGGCGCUUGAGUCCGUUAGAUGCCUGUAUGUCCGAGAGCUCAACCCCCUACGGCUCCCCUUGUGCCACGCCCACCAGGUCAGACCCAUUGGAGACACCGACAACACCCAUCUUACUGGCUACUCCUCCUCGUCCCCGAACCGAGGAGCCAAGUACAGAGCCCCUGUCCAGCACCCCAACACAGACACUUAAUGCCCUUCAGGAGAGUGACUCUUCAGUGGAAAGCUCCCCAGAUGUCAGCCGGAAACCCAGUGUGCAAGAGUCAUCUCCGGCUGUGGCCAUGGUUUCCUCGAAAAAUUGCAACUGCAGGCCACCGGCCGAUCGCCCCCCUUCGUUGGUCUCCUCUCCCAGUGCCAGGGCUCCCAGUAUAGAUGGACUCCCGACAGAAGCCAAGUCAUUUCCUGAGAGUCCACAGCCUCCAACUGCUGAGUCUGGGGACUGUGGAGAGGACAGGGCAGAUGGUGUGGUUGUAGAAGGCAGUGAGGCUUCCUCAUCUGCAGAAACGUGUGCUUCCUCUUUUCCUGGCUGGAUAAAAAGCCCAGACAGAGGCCCGACUGGACCAGCUGGCCUGAACUUCUCUCCAGUAAAUUCAAACUUAAGGGACCUCACCCCCUCUCACACCCUGGAGCCUUUGGUAGCUCCGUUCAGGCCUGAGGCUGCAGCUGGGGCUGCAGCAGGGUCCACCGCAGGAACAGUGUCAUUGGUUGCCUCCCAGGCCCCCUUCAGUGAAGGCCAGGGGCAGCUCUUUUACCCCUGCUCUGAGGAGGGAAGUACCCUCGCCUUCUCACGCUCACUGAAUGGGGAUGGCUCUGGCGAAGGAGGAGGGUCAGCGCAGAACCCCCCACAAAAGAAAAAGGUUUCCCUGCUAGAAUACAGGAAACGUCAGCGCGAAGCUCGUCGCAGCGGCUCCAAGACUGAGUGCAGCUCUCCUGUUUCCACCUUGCCACCUUUGACUGUGGACGCCUUCCCUGUUGCGCUAGAGACCACCAGUGAACCUCCUCUACCCCCUGUUCCUACUCCGCUCUGCAACACCACCACUGUAAAAGAACCCCAGACAAGUGAGGAGGCAGAGGCACCUGGAGAGAAAGGGGAGAAAGAAGGAGGAGAGGGACAGUGGACGUCGUCCACUUCUGUAGAGCAGGCCCGAGAACGCAGCUACCACAGAGCUCUGCUGCUCAGCAAAGACAAAGACACAGAUGGUGAGACAGAAGGUGGAGAUACACCUGCACUGAGAGAUUGCCCAUCUCCAAGUCUUCAAAAGACCCCAACCCACACACCCUGCUCUCCUGGUCCUCUAGCCCCGGCUCCUAGUCGGCCAGCGAAGGAGGAAGACUCUGACAGUCAGCCUCGGACGCCAAAUCCGACCAGCCAGCCACCGAGCAAGCCUGCAGCACCCAAGCCGGCUCCUUUGACCCCCACGAAGCUGCAUCCCACCCCAUUACCCUCCUCUCCUGUCCACUACCCUGGACCCUCACUACACUCUCCCAAACCUCAGCCCCAGGGCUCUCCCUACCGCAGCCAGAGGGCGCUGUUCUCUCCUCAGCCUCAGAACCAACCCCAGCAGCCCCAGGCUCAGACUGGCCCGGCUCCUUUCCCCCAGUAUAACACACAGAGUGCUCCACCACCACCUCCUCCUCCUCCACCAGCACCACCGGCCUCCACAGCAUAUUUUCCCAGCCAGAGCCCCUCACCUGCUGGACCUUUUCCUACCUUUAAACCUGCUGUCACACCCCCUUAUCCUCCUGGUUCUCAGCCCUUGAUGCAGACUAUUCCCCACAGCAUGCACUAUCAGAGCUCAGCUGCUCCACCGCCGCCUCCUCCUCCGCCCCCACACCCAAUGCCUGGCCCCACCCUGCUGCACGUCAACCUGCAGCCUCUUCCCAUCCAGCAGCACCAACUCCUGCUGACCACCGCCCCUCCUCUACCUCCUCCCCCACAGAGCCAGACCUCCCAGCAGCAGCAGCAGCAGCAGCAGCAGCCCCCUGCUGGCAGCAACCUGCUGUCACUCACCCCUCCUCCGCCUCCUCCUCCGCCUCCCCCCGCCCCCUCGACUACCGCCCCAAUGCAGCCCCAUCAUUUUCAGAACUUGGGGGCUUUUCAGCCGGCGUUGUUGCACCCAGGUGCCGCCACCAACCCUUCAGUGCCCCCAUCAACGUACCCCCCAACCCUUCAGCAGACUGGACUGCCUCCACCUCCUCCUCCUCCUCCCCAACAGACUCAACAAGGCCAGGCCCAGGCCACUGCCUCCCAGAUGCCUUCUGGGACUCGUGGAGCUCCUGCGUCCUCGACCCCCUUCCACAGCUCGGGGUACCUGAGCACAGGGUGGCACUGACCGCCCUCUCUGCUGUCGGCCCCCGGCAGCCCCUGAGAACUCGGCUUGAGAGGGGCGUGUAUCAUAAGCUGUAGAUAUGUUUUCUAAAUACCUGAACACAUGGCCAGUGGAAAAACAGCUGUUUGUGGGAUAAAUGGAUGCUUUUUAAAAAA